UUUAUUAUGUCUUCAUCCCCUUCAGUCGUGUGUCCGCUAGUGUUGUGUUUUUUUUCUGAAGGAGUUUUGUUUUUGUAAAAAAAAAAAAGAAACUGCUCAAUGUUUUAUUGUUCGAAUUUUGAGUUAUUUUCAAGGGAUUGGGCUGAAAAUGGAUUGUUCAUUUAGAAAAAGAUGAUAAUAGUUAGAUGGCAUUCCAAUAUCAGUGAAAUUCUAGAUGGUGAAGACUUCAAAAACUUUUUGGUUAUUUAUUUUCUUUUAUUUUGAGUAGUUUUCUUUUUAUCUUCAACACUUUAUGCUCAAAAAAUAUAUAUUCUAAUGGCUGAUCAGCUAAGUGAAACUAGUACUACGACUAAUAGUCAUGGAGAGAACUGGCCAAGUACAAAACUACCAACUGAUUCCGAUGUUUCUAAUGAUGUUUCCAAUGGUCAAGAAACUCAUAGUUUUGCUGAUAUAAUAAGCACAGCUUUUACGACUACUGAAGCUGUAUCAAGUUCUCCAGUAGAAGUAGAUUCAAAUUUACAAUUAGGUAAUGAUAUGGAGUAUGACCCAUUAUUUGCCGAUGGAAGUGAUAUAGACACUGAAGAUGCUCCUCAAGAAUUUUCACCAUUAAAUUCUGAUAUAUGGAGAUAUGGAAAUGCCCUUAUUGAAACACCUUGGUCAGUGCCACGUAAUGAUGAAUCAUCAAAUCAAAAUAUUAAUCAUUCAACUACUGUUUCAACUACAUCAGAAAUUGGUCGUAAAAGAUCUUUAUUGUCUGGAGAUAAUAACUUACGAAUGAAGACUGGGAAACCUGAUACUAAUCGAACACUAAGUUAUCCUAGGCAUCAAAUGGUUAAUCGAAUUUAUAGACCACAACGAUAUAAUCAAGAUCAAGUGCCACCGACUACUUACACCUCUACUGGUAACCACGGAAAUUAUAAAUAUGCUCAUAGACCCAAUCCACAAAUGCAUACAACAACAGCUCCUAGUGAUCAUUUAGUAGCUAGUUCUUCUAAUCAAUCAAGAUUAGUUAACCCACAAGUAUUGUCUAAUGAUGAGUACACUGUAUUUGGUAUUAACAACAGUAGUACACCUCAUAGUCGUUACAAUAAUGAUCCUCGUAAUAGAACUGAAUGGAAUAACAUAAUGGAUGCAGAGGAUGAUGAAGAUAGUGGUAUAGAAUUGGUUACUGUUAAUAACUAUCAAUCUAGAAAUAUUAAUCAACUACCAAAUGUUCCUCCAAUUGUUGAUUUAACUCAAGAGUCUGAAGAAGUUACUGAUCCAAUGAUUAAUAAUCAAGGAAGAACACCUCUAACAGACAUACCAUUAGGUCCUCCUAUGUUUAGUCGUUAUCCAAUAAUGCAACAACGACAGUAUGUUAGUCACUCUGGAAUGAGGUCUAUGCCAGGUUAUAGUCAACAGUUUACUCCUAAUCCGUCCCCAUUAUAUCGUAAUGAUGUAAUUUUUAUGGAUCAACCUCCACAAGCUCCAUGUGUACAUGCAGCACACCCUCCACCUGGAACGCCUGGAUGGCCACCACCAUGUAGUCAAUGUCAUAAUACUUCCAGAGUUGUAUUUGGAAUGGGUAAUCAUAUACAUCCACACCAUCAUCACCAUGGAAUAUUACCUGCACAUCCAAUGCCUCCUUGUGUUUCCAAUGUACCCUUAUAUCACCAAAGGUUAUGGCUUAAUCAACAUAGAAUACAAGAAUUGCAAAGAAGAAGAAUGGACAUGAUUAAUGGUGGCUCAGUUCGUUCGUUAAGAAGUAUUCCACCUGUUUCGUGUAUGCAAGGAUAUCAGCAACCACCUCAGGCAACACCUGUACAUCAUGCAAUUCAUACAGUGUUGCCGCCACCUCAACAACCUAAUGUGUUCAGUCGACCUGAAGUAAUAACGUCACGUAGAAUUGGCCCAACUGCUGUUAUUACUUUAUCACCUUCAACUGAUGGAAUCGAACAAGUACCUCAGCCUCCAUUACAGACAGAAAUUGUAGUACAGAGUGGUACUUCAAGUGAUGGAGGCCAUCCUCAUAUUCAUCAUUAUUAUAAUUACCACCCUCCUGGACCUCCUGGUCGAAUGCAUCAUGUAAGAAUAAGUAUUGGCGCGCCUUCAGGCACUAUUGUAAAUACCACACCAACAAUACCUUCUCAGCCAGGAACUGAUAUGCCCCAACUUGGACCAAUUACUCAACUGGGUUCCUUACCUAUGUUAACAAGGCAUCUUUCAUACCGUUUAGAAGAUUACUUACGGUUAAUGGAACAACGCCGUGCACUCAUGAUGAAUCGUGGUGCUUCUAAAGAUAUCAUAGAAAAAAAUACUUUCCCCCACAAGUACAAACGAAUUAAAAGAUCUUCAGAUGAAAUGGAAGAUAAUACAGAGAAAUGUACUAUUUGUCUUUCUGAUUUUGAAGAUACUGAAGAUGUUAGGCGACUGCCUUGUAUGCACUUAUUUCAUAUUGAGUGUAUUGAUCAGUGGCUUUCAUCUAAUAAACGGUGUCCAAUAUGUCGUGUGGACAUUGAAACCAAAGAAACUAAAGAUGCUGCUGGAUCACCUUUACCAACAGAAUCUCCGUUUUUGGUACCUACCUGACACGGCGAUUUGGUGGUAAUACCACCUAUUGAAUCAUGCCCUGCAUUUUCCCCUGCUACAUAAGGGGUUAAAAUGUUGUUAUAAUAGAACUACAUUGCUAAAUAUCAUUCUUUUAAUGGUUUUUUUCGUGACCAGAUAAUAAAUUGUUACCCUCGCCUACACUCUAGGGUUUUGUGUGUGAUCAUGUUUUAAUAGAAAUAAUGCACACUAGCGUACGCGAGCUUUUCCAUUCAUAAUGUGAUAAUCAUUUAUUUUAUUUUUUAUAUCUCUUAUUUUUUUUCAUUUUAGCAAUUUGCAUGUUUUUGUUUUAUUGGAAUUUAACAUACAAUUUGUGUUUUUAUCCGUAGUGCAAUUUUCUCUUUGUUACAAAAAUAGCCAAGAACCAUUUUUCUAAAUAUUGAAUACUUAAAAAUUAUCAUUCAAUAGUAUUAUAGAUAUUAGAUACCAUUAAAAAGAAAUACUCUUCACCCUUCCUUACAAAGUAAAUGUUUUUUUAUUUAGUAAUUAUAAAAAUUUACUGUAUGAUUUCAGUAGAUUUUUACUCUUGUGUGAACUAAUUUAACAUCAUAACUAAAAUUAUAUUUUAUU